CCAAUUAAAUUUCCAUUCCAAUUAAAUCCUUUUUUCGGUUAAUUUUUCUCUUUUUCAAAGAAACCGCCAAUUCCAAUGCACAUGGGAUCAAAGUUCCGUUUCCGGAUAAACCGAAUUACAAACUCAUUGUUUAUGUUUGGUUUCUUGUCUCGAGCUUUAAAUUGUUACAAUUAUUAAGCUUAAUUUAAUCGAAUGAUACUUUAAUCUUGUUUCUUUUUUGUAUUAUAAUAACACUUAAGUUUAUAAAAUGAAUGCCGAAAAAUUAAGUAAAUUGUCCAGUCAGGUUCGGAUCGGUGGUAAGGGUACAGCCAGAAGAAAGAAAAAGGUCAUUCAUCGGACCGCUACCACUGACGAUAAAAAACUUCAGAAUUCAUUAAAAAAAUUAGCCGUCAACCCAAUACCUGGUAUUGAAGAGGUUAACAUGAUUAAAGAGGAUGGAACUGUUAUCCAUUUUAACAACCCAAAGGUUCAAGCCUCUCUUACUGCAAGCACUUUCGCUAUCACUGGACAUGGAGAGACCAAAAAAUUAACUGAUAUGGUGCCCGGUAUUUUGACUCAAUUGAGAGCUGAUAAUCUAAGCAGUUUGAAAAAUCUCGCCCCAUCUUCUAAUACGGGUGAUGCCGUAGCUCCAGAAGAUGAAGAAGUUCCUGAAUUAGUGGGAAAUUUUGAUGAAAAUGCCAAAGAAGAAUGAAGGUCACAAAUACACGUUUAAAAUGAGUUGAUGAUCGAGCUGUUUAUAUAAUGGAUUGUGUUUUCAAUAAACAUUUGCUGAAAAUCACCACAAA